CCCGUUGCGGAUGUUAGUACCCGCGAUCCGAGUUCUAAAUUUGUAUGAGAAAUUUUGCGAGUAAAAAAAAUUGUGAAUGGUCAGUGCUAUUUUUGUUACAUUCAUUAAUCAUUGAAUGAGGAUAUUUUUGUUUUUUGUAUAAGUUAACGGGGAGUUCUGAUACAUCGACCAUGGCGCCCAAACAUAACACAUGAUCAAUUAUCAUCAAUUCUUAGACAUAGAGCAGAAAUAUGUUUAAUUAGCUAUCUGAGUAAUAGACACUUAGUCAUAUGCACAGAGAGGCAUCAAACGUCUUAGAUUCCUUGAAACUACGGCUUAAGUUGCUACAACGGACGAGAACCUACGUUAAAGUUAUAGAAUUCAUAAAGAAAGACGCUAUACGGUAUUUGUCGAAAUACAUAACACAAGAUAUAAAAUAUUAUGAACAUAUUCAUAGGUAACGACUACCACUCGAAGAAUCUGGUCAAAUUGAAAUCUAUUUGAUUUGAAUCGAUUGCAAUAGCUAACCGACAAUAAUAAACGGUUCAUUUUGUUCUGUAGACGUAAAUAAUAGGCCGUUAAUAAUUGAUAGAAAAAAAAGUUAAAAAAAAGAACGCAAAAUGGCGGCAAAAGCUGAACCGAUCGGUCCUCGCAAUGGGCAUGAAUUGGCGCCUUUGAAUACAAGAGCAGAUGGUAGUGAGAGACCACAUGGAGUUACUAUAGUGCUUCAAGGGUCUAGGAACUCUUUGCAACGCGAUGCACCUGAUGAAGAUCGGGCUGCGUGGUCGGGAAAACUGCAGUUCUUCCUUUCAAUCAUUGGAUACUCUGUGGGGCUGGGCAACAUUUGGCGCUUUCCGUAUUUGUGCCAGCAAAAUGGAGGAGGUGCGUUCCUAAUCCCGUUUCUCAUCAUGUUAAUCCUGGAGGGCAUUCCGCUCUUCUUGAUCGAGAUGGCGAUUGGCCAGAAGAUGAGGCUAGGCUCGCUAGGAGUCUGGAACACUAUCCACCCGUGGCUCGGCGGUAUCGGCAUCUCAAGCUGUGUUGUGACGUUGUUUGUGGCGUUGUACUACAAUGUUAUCAUCACUUGGGUGUUCUUCUAUCUGUUUAAUAGCAUUCGGUUAAGUGCCGACUCUCUCCCCUGGGCACACUGUCCAGCCGACAACGGAACAGCAGAAGAGGAAUGCUCUAAAGCAUCAGCCACUGUAUACUAUUGGUAUCGAGAGGCGUUGGACGCGUCGCCUAGUAUUGACGAACCCGGUGUACCGAGGUGGUGGAUCGUAUUGUACCUCUUGCUGGCUUGGAUCAUCGUGUUCUUUAUUGUUAUGAAGGGGAUUCAGAGCAGUGGAAAGGUGGUCUACUUCACAUCCCUGUUUCCUUACGUAGUAUUGACAAUAUUUUUCGUUCGUGGAAUAACGCUUCCUGGAUCUGCUGAUGGUAUAAUCCAUAUGUAUAAACCUAAGCUGGAGAAACUUCUAGACCCCACAGUAUGGCUGGACGCAGCAACCCAAGUGUUCUAUUCAUUCGGUCUCGCGUUCGGUUCGCUUAUCGCCUUCGGUUCGUACAACCCGCCGAACAACAACUGUGUGCGGGAUGUGCUACUGGUGUCUGUGUGUAAUGCACUGACUGCUAUAUACGCGUCUGUGGUCAUCUUUAGUAUACUGGGCUUCAAGGCGUUUACUAUGGUCGAGAAGUGUAUUAGCAAGGAGAUAAAAGUACUAGCCCUGCACCAUGUGGGCGGGUUCACUCUGAACUCAACACAGGAGUACUACGAAGAGAACUUCCCUCGUCUGAGUGACAAUGUAACAUCGUAUCUGAAUCUCACUGGGUGUACCAUGAGCAGGCAGUUAGAUGAGGCGGCAGAAGGCACAGGUCUAGCCUUUAUAGUGUUCACUCAAGCGAUCUUAAAGCUCACACCAGCUCCAUUUUGGUCAAUUAUCUUCUUCCUGAUGCUGCUCUCUUUGGGUCUUGGAAGCCAAAUUGGCAUCAUGGAAGGAAUGCUGUGCACCAUCUUUGAUAUUGACUUCUUUAAGCGGCUGAGCAAACCCGUUAUUACAGGCAUAGUAUGCACAUUCUGUUUCUUCGUGGGCCUGAUCUUUACGACCGGCGCGGGCGAGUACUGGCUCAAGAUGUUCGACUCUUUCGCUGGAACCAUUGGCCUUGUGGUCGUCGCUUUAUUGGAAAUGAUAUCCGUCAUCUACAUUUAUGGACAUGAGAGGUUCACAAACGACAUCUACGAGAUGACGGGCUACAGGCCGGGCUUGUACUGGCAGGUGACGUGGCGCUACGUGGGCCCCUUCAUCGUGAGCUGCAUCCUGCUCUCGUCGCUCGUGUUCAUGCUCAUCAACCCGCCCAUGUAUGGCGCUUGGAAUGCUGCUGAGGGCCGCGUGGAAAAAACUCCUUACCCGAACUGGGUGCUCAUCAUCGCCAUCCUCAUGAUCCUCGCGGGCAUCCUCCCCAUCCCGAUCGUGCUGCUACUUCGCCGCUUCCAAUGCCUCGCGCUCGAUGUCGACAUACACCAGGGAUCUAUAAGGAGGAUUGAAACCACUGUCUCUACUAAGGAGAUGAUGAGCGAUCAGGAUGUGAUAUCGCCGGAGAACGCGCCGCCCGCGCCCGCGCAGCUCGUCGCAGAUGCAGCCACUAGGUUCACUAUUGGAGAUUUUGACUCGUCAGAUUCGGAACAGGGCGAGGUGCGGGCGUCCGGUACGUGCGACGUCUCGAGCAGUAGUGACGACGACAUUCCAAAUACGAAAAAGAAAUUCUCUCCCAUUCCAGGAACUAGAUUCGCCUUGAAGCCCCUCGGUCUAAAACCAACCACAUUCAAAAUGGACGUCGUCGAUGAUUGACCGUUAUUUUUCAUUUAUCUGAUUCGGGCGUGUACACAUUAUUUUGUGUAUAUUACGUUGAAUUUGUUACUUAAUAUAUUUAGGUAACGGACCUUGGACCUAGUUUUGAAGAUGUUACAAGUGCUUGUUUUUGAACGAAAAACAAGAAUCAAACGGCGCAUUCGCGCUUUUUAUAUCUUCCAGAUUUGAUUUAAGACUUUUUACUUGUUUAAUCAUUUUAUUUGUUGUCGUAUUUUAUAUUUUGCAAUACUUUUGUAACAGAUAAGUUAACAACAAAAUCACAAUUUUUAUUAUAAUUCGUUUUGAUGCUGUGGUUGCUAUUUACAAUAGUUUUUCCGAAUAGCAAUUCACAUGUUAGUUUUAAAUUGAUCAAGAUUGGAAACAGUUAAUAU